AUGACUACAACAACUUUUCUGCAAUUUGCUAGGCAAGCUGCCGUCCUCAUCACCGGCUGCACCGGAGGCAUCGGGCAGGCGACUGCAUGCACCUUUGCCCGCUCCGGCUGCUCAGUAGCAGUGCACUACCAGGCGGCAUCCUCGCACGCCAAGGCAGAUACGCUCAUCUCCGACCUCAAGGCCAUUGCCAGCUCCGACGCGCGGUUCGCCAUCUUCCACACAGACCUGUCAAACUACGAUGAGGUGCGCCGCCUCCAUGCUGAGGUUGUGCAGCAGAUCGGGCAUCCGGACAUCCUCUUCGCAAACCACGGCAUCGCGGGGCCUAAGAUUGGCCCGCUGGGCAAUAUCAAUGACGUGCCCAUGGAGGUGUUCAAAGAGAUGUGGCGGAUGAACACCGGCACGAGCUACAUGCUUGCGCAGCUCUGUGUGCCACACAUGGAAGCGCAGAAAUAUGAACAUGCCAUUUUCACGUCGAGUAUCGCUGCAGGUAAUUCACUGCAUCGGGCACUCGUCCGACGCCACUGA